UGAUAAAGCCAAUAUUCGAAAAUAGAGACAAUAAAACCAUAUUAUUACGUUUCCGCAUCAAAGUGAAAUUUAGUUCUUUUUUCUUUCAAUUCAUGCCUAUUGGUGUUCCAAAAGUACCCUUCCGAAUUCCUGGAGAUGACGAUGCAUCUUGGGUUGACGUAUACAACCGACUUUAUCAAGAAAGAUUCCUUUUUUUAGGCCAAGAAGUUGAUAGCGAGAUCUCGAAUCAACUUAUUGGUCUUAUGGUAUAUUUCAGUCUUGAGAAUGCUGCCAAAGAUUUCUAUUUGUUUAUAAACUCCCCUGGCGGGUGGGUAAUAGAUGGAUUAGCUAUUUAUGAUACUAUGCAGUUUGUGCGCCCAGAGGUCCAUACAAUAUGCAUGGGACUAGCCGCGUCAAUGGGAUCUUUGCUCCUGGUUGGGGGAGCAAUUACCAAACGUUUCGCAUUCCCUCACGCUUGGGUAAUGAUCCAUCAACCCGCUAGUUCUUUUUAUGAGGCGCAAACGGGGGAAUUUAUCUUGGAAGCGGAAGAACUGCUGAAACUACGCGAAACCAUCACAAGGGUUUAUGUACAAAGGACGGGCAAACCAUUAUGGGUUGUAUCUGAAGACAUGGAAAGAGACGUUUUUAUGUCAGCAACAGAAGCCCAAGCUUAUGGAAUUAUUGAUUUUGUAGCAGUUCAAUGACAAAAAAAGGGAUUUUGUGAAAAUCCGGGAUUUGAUAUUUUAUCUCCGGGUUUACUAUUUUAUUAAUAUUUUUUUAAAUACAAAUAAUUUAGAAUCACCCGGUUAGGAUUAAUCUAAACCUGCCCAUUAUGUAUAUGAUUCAACAUGCCUACUAUUAAACAACUUAUUAGAAAUACAAGACAGCCGAUUCGAAAUGUCCCGAAAUCCCCCGCUCUUCGGGGCUGUCCUCAGCGUCGAGGAACAUGUACUAGGGUGUAUGUGCGACUCGUUUCGAUUAUGAGCUGACGAAAAAAAAAGAAAGAAAACCGAUUUUCGGUAUGUUGGGAUGAAUGAUCAAUACCAGUAAAUAGGAUAGAAUAGAGGAAAGAACUCUAUUCACUAUCGAAAAAUAAGCAAAUCGAUUCCUCUAUUGUGUCUAAAGUUUAUGGUUUCCGUUGGUGCAAAUCCAAUCACCGGAAUUUCAGAUAAGAAGAAAUUCUCCAUUGAUAGCAAACGCUUAUCCAUUAAGCGGAGGAAAUCUUAUUGAAAUUCAAAAACAAAAAAAAAACAUAAAACUGAGGUUUGCACUCGGUCAAGAAC